GUGUUCUUUGUUACUCCUCUGCUGAUCAAUCUCUGUUCGAGCGUGAGCGACGAAGAAAAUAUUGGAGUUUCACGUCGGCUGGACGAGCGCCGCAGCGGCAACAUUAUUGUGGAGACGAAUUUUCGACUCUAUGCCUACACAAGUUCUAGUCUUCAGCUGGCUAUUCUUUCUACUUUCACCGAAAUGACGUACCGAUUUCACGAUAUGUCUGUUGGAAUCCUUACAAGGGAAUCUGUCAGGAGAGCUUUGCAGGUUGGAAUCACUGCUACUCAGAUUAUUUCGUUCCUUCGGGCAAAUGCUCAUCAACAGUGCAUUUCUACAGGAGGCCCACUAAACUGCCUUCCUGUUACGGUUGCGGACCAAAUUCGAUUAUGGGAAGACGAACGGCGUCGAUUGACUUUCACGGAAGCGACAUUGUAUUCAACGUUUGAGGGUGAUACAGAAUUC